UCAUUUAUACCAGCGUCGUAGCAAAGACACAGCGACUAUAUACUGGAUAUUUAGCAACAAAUAGCUACCACCAAUUUCUUAUGCUAACGCAUGUUUGGAUGUUAAUGACUUAUAUCGUCAGCUAAACACAGGUUUAGCUAGCUAGGUUGUUUUUACAGAUACAUUUCCAAUAGGGUAGCGAGAUGCUAACUAGCUAAUGUCAUCAAGCCAUAAAUUGUGACCCCAGACAUACAGAAGAAUCGGGGCUCACUGAGGCCGGUUAGGCAGCUUGCUAACAGGGUUUUGCUACGGAAGCUAACACAGAAUAGCCAGCCAUCCAAAUCGUGGACAAUUGACUAGUACCGCAGUCUGUAGUUAGCUAGCUUGAGAGACAGACAGCUAGCUAGAUAGCUAGCUAAAGAAGCGGCUCUGUCAUUUAUUGACAGACCAGCCGAUUGGGCUAACAUGGAGACAUCGGGGAGAAUAGCAACCACGCCAGACGCCCUCGACUUCACAGUGGAAAACGUGGAGAAGGGGCUCCACCAGUUGUACUAUGACCCUAACAUUGAGAAUAAGAACCUGGCCCAGAAGUGGUUGAUGCAGGCUCAGGUCUCCCCUCAGGCCUGGCAGUUCUGCUGGGCUCUGCUCAGCCCUGACAAGGUUCCUGAAAUCCAGUACUUUGGGGCUAGUGCCCUCCACACUAAGAUAUCCCGCUACUGGUCUGAUAUCCCUUCUGACCAGUAUGAGACCCUGAAGACUCAACUCUUCUCCCAGAUCGCCUGCUUCUCCUCCGGAUCCAAGAUGGUGCUAACGCGUCUGUGUGUGGCGCUGGCCUCCCUGGCCCUGAACACCAUGCCAGAGGUGUGGCCGGGCGCCGUGCCAGAAAUGGUGCGUGUGUUCCAAGAGGAGGGAGGGGGGGUGGAUGGCCGGGCCAGAUGUCUGGCCCUGCUGGAGCUUCUGACCGUCCUGCCUGAAGAGUUCCAGACCAGCCGCCUGCCACAGUACCGCAAGGGACAGGUGCGAGGUGCUCUGGGUCGAGAGUGGGGGUCAGUGUGUCCACUGCUCCAGCAGCUGCUGCGUCAAGAGGACAGUCCCGGGGCAGUGAAGGCUCGUGUCCUGCGCUGUCUGUCCUCCUGGGUGCUGCUGGACGUCCCUCUCAGUGAGAGUGAAGGACUGGUGGAGGACUGUUUCACUGCUCUACCAGACCCCGAGCUGUUUGAGACCGCCGUGGAGGCUAUUGUCAACGCCAUAUCACAACCAGACUCCCAGAGAUAUGUGAACACGCUACUGAAGCUGGUGCCCCAGGUCUUGUCCCUGCAGGAACAACUAAGAGAGGCAAUCCAGAACGGAGACAUGGAGACGUCACACGGAAUCUGUCGCAUCGCUGUCGCGAUGGGCGAAAACCACUCCAGGGCUCUGUUGGAGCAGGUAGAGCAUUGGCAGGGCUUUCUCGCAUUGGUCAACAUGAUCAUGUUCUGCACUGGGAUACCAGGACACUACCCAGUCAACGAGACGACCAGCUCCCUCACACUCACCUUCUGGUACACACUACAGGAUGACAUCAUGUCGUUUGACCUUGAGAGACAGGCGGUGUAUCUGCAGGUUUAUAGACCAGUGUAUUUCCAGCUGGUGGAUGUUCUGCUGCAUAAAGCCCAGUUCCCCUCUGACCAGGAGUACGCAUCAUGGUCCUCGGAUGAGAAGGAGCAGUUCAGGAUCUACAGGGUGGAUAUCUCAGACACUUUGAUGUAUGUGUAUGAGAUGCUAGGAGCUGAGCUGCUCAGUAACCUGUAUGAGAAACUAGGACGAAUACUGACCAACACAGAACAAGCCUCGUCAUGGCAGCAUACAGAAGCGUUGCUGUAUGGGUUCCAGUCUAUAGCGGAGACGAUAGAUGUCAACUACUCUGAUGUCAUCCCAGGCCUGAUCGGACUCCUCCUCAGAAUCAACAUCAACAACGUCCAACUGGCCGACACCGUCAUGUUCACUAUCGGAGCUCUAGCAGAGUGGUUGGCGGACCACCCGGUGAUGUUGAGUAGUGUUUUACCUCUGGUACUCCAGGCCUUGGGGAACCCAGACCUCUCCAUCUCCUCGGUCUCCACACUCAAGAAGAUCUGCCGAGAGUGCAAAUACGACCUGCCACCCUAUGCCUCCAACAUAGUGGCUGUAUCACGUGAGGUGCUGAGCAAACAGAUUCACAAGACCAGUCAGUGUAUGUGGCUGAUGCAGGCCUUAGGCUUCCUGCUGUCUGCUCUGCAUGUGGAGGAGAUACUGAGGAACCUGCACUCUCUCAUCACUCCCUACAUCCAACAACUUGAGAAACUAGCUGAUGAGACGCCCAACCCGUCCAAUAAACUAGCGAUAAUCCACAUUCUAGGUCUGCUGUCCAAUCUCUUCACUACGCUGGACAUUAGCAAACAGGAGGACGAAUCAGCAGAGAGCACUGCUCCCCCUGUCAAAACUGCCCCGCCCCCACCAGGGCCUAACCCGGUGGUGGUGGUCCUACAGCAGGUCUUUGCUCUCAUUCAGACGGUCCUCAGCAAGUGGCUCAACGACUCUCAGGUGGUGGAGGCCGUGUGUGCUAUCUUUGAGAAGUCGGUGAAGACUCUCCUCCAUGACUUUGCCCCCAUGGUGUCUCAGCUCAGUGAGAUGCUAGGACAGAUGUACAGUACCAUACCACAGGCCUCAGCACUGGACCUCACACGACAGAUGGUCCAUAUAUUUGCCAGAGAGACGGAGCACUUCCCUCCCAUCAAGGCUCUAUUUGAGCUGGUCACCUCAGUAACACUCUCCAUCUUCCAGCAAGGACCCAGGGAUCAUCCUGAUAUUGUUGAUUCAUUUAUGCAACUCCAAGCUCAGGCCCUCAAACGGAAGCCAGAUCUCUUCUUGUCUGAGACUCUUGACGUGAAAGCUGUGUUCCAUUGUGGACUACUGUCACUGAAAUUCCCUGAGGCGCCAACAGUCAAGUCUACCUGCUUGUUCUUUACGGAUUUGUUGCCACGCUGCUCAGAUGUGCCCCCAGUGGCCAGAGUGGUGCAGGAGAACGGAAAACUACUGCUGCAGGCCGUACUAGAGGCAAUCGGUGGAGGUUCAUCUCGUAGUCUGAUGGAACAGUUUGCUGAAGUGCUGUUCAGUCUCAAUAAGCACUGUUUCCCUUUGCUCACCGUGUGGCUGAAAGAGGCGCUGCAGGCACAAGGCUUCCCCUCUACUAGGGUCACCACAGAACAGAAAGACACCUUCACCCAACAGAUACUCAGAGAGCGAGUGAAUAAGCGGAGGGUGAAGGACAUAGUGAAGGAGUUUACACUAGUCUGCAGAGGUCUUCACGGGACCGAGUAUGCUGCUGAAUACUGCCUCUGACCCCUGACCUUGCCACGACCCCCAGGCCGGACGCCACAUUACUACAGUACCCAUAAACCCCUCAAAACUGGAGUUUCCAUUGGACGAUAGAAACAAGACCCUCCCCCUAGAACAGAAAACAGCUCCCCAUAAAGGUCUGCCAUUGAUGGAGCUAUGUCACACCCCACAGUGGUCUGAGGAAGGUUGCUCAACCCCCCCCCCUCAUUUCUGUGACUUCAACUACAAGCAUGCCCUCUGUUUGUCUCGCUUUGACUUUUGGUUACGAUCUUCCAUGGCUCCAAGGCUGUUUCUCUGCUCUUUCCUGGUUGUUUAGCAUCUGAGACGAUAGUGGUACUGUACCUACCGUACGUAGCUAGCUAGUUGUCCUUUGUAUCUUUGGAAAGAAAACCAAAAUAAAUAUAUAUCUAAACAUAUAUAUAUAUAUAUAUAUAUACACACACAUAAACACCUAUGUAAUGAAACACAGCCAGUCCUGCUGCUGCUAAACAGGAAGAGAGAGGGACCAAUGACAGGACAGCAUUCUGUGGAUAGACACAUAUUUUCAGCAUAAUGUAUAUCGUACAACACUGACUCGCGCACCCCCAUGCUCUUACGUUUGCCAAAAUUAUCGUGGAACGUCAUGUGAACUAGUCUUUUAUUUUGUGUAUUUGAUAGUUGCCUUGAUGGGGAAAUUAUGAGGUGAUAGAUUGAACCACUAACUAAGGAGACUAAAGUAGAAGAUUAUAGACUCUGCUCUCCUGCACCUGCCAUACACACACGCACACAGUCACACACACAUACACACACACACACACACACACACACACACACGCACACCCAGUCACCCACACAACGGUCACGAAACUGUGGUUUCCUCAUGAAUCUAGAAUGUAUUUUGUCCAGGAGAGAGUGAUAGAGGUAGGAGAGAUGAUGAAUGUUGGGAGGGGAUAGAUGGGGGUGUGUAGGAGAGGGGUAUGUUGUCCUAGCUGUGGACUACAGUCACUGUAAUCGUGCAAAUCUAUUAAUCAUGUUGUGCGUAUUAACAGUCAUAUUACUGAACAUUUCCGUGCGUGUGUGUAUGGGCGCAUGUUUUUGCGCGAGUGUGCAAAUGUCUGCCUCCCCACUUAUUGAGUGCACUUAUAUCUGACCGACAUCACUUUCACAUACCAAACACCCCCCAUGGCCCCGCCCCCUUUAGAAACGGACCCCACCAUCCCAUUUGACACUUAGUCCUCCCAUACAUACAGCACAUGUCCUGAGUACUCCACUUCAAUGUUCUCCGCUUGCCACACAGACCAAAAUAAUACAACAGUCCACUAACCUCCACAUGGCCUGGAAUGACUGACCAGUCCUAACCAACGACUAGAUGAACUCAUCCAUAUGAUCUAUAAACCAGUAGAACAAACUGCACACCAUACUGCUCUUAACCGGUGCCUGUCAACCAGUGUCUUAUCAACCAACCGGUUGCCUGCCUAGACUGAAACCAGGGGGGAGGGGGGGUAGUCACUGAUGUCAGAAAGAUUAUUCAGGAAGUAUAUUUGCACUGGGCGCCAGAUGAAAUGGACUCCUCUCAGUGAAUGGAAUUGAGACUGUGUCUGAAAUGAAACCAACGUGCACUACUUUGAGAAUAGAUGGAGAUCAGAGAAUAGGGUACCAUUUAGGACGAAUGAAACGAUUGGUGCAGCCGGCUCAUGUGUAUUUCCUGGUUCCUUAUUACGUCAACUGGGUCCAUUCCCUCUUUCUGUCACUCUAGGUGCCUGCAGACAUGUAGCAUGUGUGUGUUUUUGUGGUAAGGGGGUGGGAGAUUAUGAAAUACUGUGAGUGUGACACUGUGAGAAGAUUCUCUGGGUAGAAGUUGGCCUUAGACACAGAUCAUGGAUCCUCUUAACCAUUACUGACUGAAGAUGCAAGACUGACUUUAGAUCAGUGUCUAGGGUUGACUUCGUCCAGUGCCUAGGGGUACAGUCUGGGAAUAUGUUUGUCACAGAGAGGAGGAGUGGGUGAGGGAAGGGGGGGAUAAAAUGUACAUUGUUUCUUUUUUGUACUUUGUUUUAAUUUAUUAAAUAUGUCUUAAGACGGCA